AUGAAAAAUCUACACGUUGCAGUCGCAAUUGAGGACUGUGGCUGGGAAAGAGAUAUGCAUGGGUACCAAAUUGCAGAUCUUAUGACGCGCGUGGAAUUUCUUCUUCAGCCCUCUAUUCAAUCUUACUUGAACGCCAAAGAUCGAGCUGGCAUCACUCCUCUACAUUUGGCAUCUGCUAUUUCUGAUGUUAAUGCAUCGAUACUUGUCAAUGCCGGGGCUGAUGUACGGGCUAAGGAUUCCCAAGGGAGAACACCACUGCACUUCGUAGCAGAGGCGGGCCAAAGCAAGGCUUUGGGUUUCCUCAUCGAGAUUUACGAAAAAAGCUCGUUUGACAUCGAUUACCGGACGCUGAAAGGACGGACUGCUCUGCAUUAUGCAUGUCGGUCUGGUGUUGCUGAGUGUGUACAGCUGCUACUGAAUGCAGGGGCGAAUGUCGCUUCGCAAUGA